AUGCAUACUGCAAAGCCCAGGAUGGUGGUCCCAUAUGGCCUCAAGACUCUACUUGAAGGAGUGAGCAGGGCAGUUCUCAAAGCUAGUCCUUCCAACAUCACUGAGUUUGCUGCUGAGUAUUUCAAAGAACUUAUAGUUUUUCGAGAAGAACAUCCUAAUUUAGAUAUUAAAGAACUGGUGAGAGAAUUUCAUAUGACAAGAGUGGAGGGAUGGGCAGAAGGACCAGGAGCAGCAACACCGAUGCCCCGUUCUAAAAGGGCAGAUGUUGGAGAUGCAUUUCGGUCAGAUCUUGACACGAUUCCAAUUCAUGAUGAACCCAAACGGAAGGAGAAAUCGACUGACACAGAAGAGGAUCAGAUAAGCGAAGAGUCUCGUGAACUGAGCACCAAAACUACUCAAUUCCCAUCUGUUGUUGACGAAUUUUUUGAAAAGGUUGGGGACGACAAGGGAGCAGGACUCGCUUAUAUCCCAGCUGAUCCAGCUCAGCUAGCAUCACAAAUGCUAGCCAUGGCAACAAGCGAACCAGGACAGCCACCACCAUAUUCUAAUGUAUGGACUCUCUAUUGUCUAACUGAUUUGAAACAACAAGGUCGUAAGUCACCACCACCACCUCCACCCCUUCCAUCUGUUGGAACUGGUGCUACUGUUCCCCAAGCAACCCUAUUCAUAUCUAGUGGUAAGGACCAGCCGCAGUAUCUACAGCCGCAGAUGAUACAACAAGGUCAACCGCCACAAGUGUCCUCUCCAACUUAUGUGAUGAUGGAAGAUGGGAAGAAGGGAAAUGCACCACCUUUCAUUUUAGUGGGCUCUUCUGUUCAAAAUAAACAGGACUGGAAACCUAUCCCAGGCCAUGCUGUUCUAACACAGCCGGACACUGCUGGUACUGUGAGGAGGUUCGCUACAAUCCCUGUACCAAUCGCCAGGGCAGCAGAUCCAAAAAUGGCCAACCCCAAUUUUAACCCUGCACAAGAUAGUGGCAGGCCGCCAACUCCAGUUUUUCUUUCAGUUGCCAUACCUCUAGAAGAUGUGAUGAAUGGGAAGAAUGGCUCAGGAGCUGGGGAUAAAGCAGCUUUUGCAGGCAGUUAUGGUAUAGCAGGAGAGAUCACAUUUACAACUGCCUCUGUACGCAGGACAGAAUAACAAAACGAUUGAGAAGAGGUGCUGUCCAACAUUUCACCCCAGAACGGAAAGCUGCAUCUUUAAUUUAAAAUUGAUUAACUAGUACAAGCAAUAAAGCAGUACAAGGAAUCUGAAUCUAAAGACAUUUUUUCCCUAUGGCUUAAGACCGGUAGCCAAGUAGCAUAAAACUAAAACCAGGAGUUUCCUUAUGUUGAUUUCCUGUACAAACUGAAAAUUUAAAAAUGACUGCUAGUAAAAAUGUGGACACCUUCAACAGAAAUAUGUUGUUAGAUCAUUUAUUAGAUUUGUGGAAAGUUUUGAAGCCUUGUCUGUAUAUAAUCUAUCAGUAAGAUGAGAGACAGAUCUACUUUGAAGCAGCAAAAUAGAAAACAGUAUUUCAAGAAUGAGAAAAAAAAACAACAACAGAUGGAACCAGAACACCCUUGCAGUCUCCUGAGCCACUCUCAAUGCCAUCCUUCCAACAUGGGGCCAAGAGACCAAAAACAAAAAUGGUUUUGCUUGUAAUCUACUGAGAGCAAAGAAUCAAACGGCACCUGUCACAGGACAGCUAAAGCCUUUAUUUAAUAGCAGUAAAAUAUUCAGUUAACACUAUUUCCAAACCACAAUUAAAUUAUACAAGAGCAGCAAUCUCUCUGGAAGUUCUGUACUCCAUAUUGUACAAAUAUAUAAUUUCAUAAAGGUUAAAGCACCCCAAACAUAGGGGUAAAUUUGCUCUGUACAGUAGUGUCUCAACUGCUUUUGAAAUGUACACUUCCGUCUAGCGUUUGCUAUGACAGCAUAGACCCAGGCGCAUGUCUUUUCUUUGUAAUGUCAUGUAGUGCAGAACACUCCUUUGUGUGGGGAUAAGGACUCUGUGGCCUUCCCAGGGUUGAACUACAGCUCCCAUCAUUCUUGACCGCUCAACAUGCGACCAGGGCUGAAGUCCAACAAUAUUCAGACAACCACUAGUCCCAUAUCAUAUAUUAGUGCACUCCAGGGUUUUUAAUAAAAUAAUUACUUUUUUAGUUCAAAUUAAUUUUUUAAAGAUUUAAAUGGCUCUUAAUUCCUUAAAGAUAGCAUAUUAAUAACACUUGAAAGAGAAAAUUCAAAACACUGCACUAAAUAUGAAAAGACAUUGCUAAGUGAUUUUAUGCAUUUAUCCAAUUUUAAUUAACUAGUAGUAGCCUGAUGCAGAGAGUAAAAAAUAAAAUUAUAAAUGAAUUAUCUAUGAUCCUGUAUUUUAUUAAUUAAUAGAAUGCUGUCUUAAGGAAGUUGACUAAUUCUUCCCCAAAGUGUCAUGCUCUUCUCAUGCUUUAAGCCAUAGAGUAUUAUAAGUCACAGAUGAUCAUUUGUUACUGGGUUGAGAAGAAAUGCCAUGUUUUUCAUUAUAUGCUACUAUAAUUAUUAUUCACCAAAGAGAAAGUCAAAACUCAAAGGCAUUUUUGUUUCCCAUUUAACCUGUAAUUGAUGUUUAGUUCACAAAUAUGGGUAGCAAUCUCCCUGUCUCUCCAAAGUACAGCACCAGUGAUUAUGGGCAAAUACAACUCGCAUUCUAGGGAGAAUGCCCAAAAACCCAACACUCCCAACAGCCUGAGCUAUGCUGUAGCAGGAGCACCAGUGUCAUAUUCGAUUGCAACCUUUCAAGUUUUUAAUUUUUUUCUAAGAAUAUAGGCAUAAAGAAAACACUGAAAACUGAUUUAAGACUUGCGUUAGCCUCAGAAUUUCCAAUGCAUUUUAAUAAAUAUCCGGCAAGUUGAAGUAGUUUCUGUCCCAGUAGUUCCCAGAAUAAAUCCAGUCAUGUCCGCCAGUGUGAGGAUUAGGACCUUGAUGAAACCACCUGAAAGAGAGAAACUGCUUAAGGAAAGAAAACUGGUGUAUAUUCUUAUUUAUGAGAAAAUGUAAACUCCCAUAGGUCCUGAAUAACCGGAAAAUUCAGUAAAUAAUUGUCAUCCUGAUCCUUAGCUUCCUCAGCUACUUAUUGCUAUUGAUCUGUUGAAACAAAAGUAAGGGAAAAUACAAAGGAAAGCUGAGUGGCAUUUACUUUGAAUGAAAACAUGCAAAUGAAUUAACAAUGCACUGUGGUAAAGAUAAAAGGCCUUUGGGCUAGUCCUCAUUUAAUAACUGCCUUGGAUAAAUGACAACAAUAAUAAACUGCAAUAAAAAAUAAUUUCCCAACCAAAGUAGGCAUUUACAACAAAAGCUUUCAGUGUCAAUUUCAGGCCCAGCAGAGGCCAAAGGCUUCUAAUGAACUAAUUAAGUUCACAGAGCUGAGCUUGUUAACUUUGAGGUAGUGUUGUUGUGGGAAGCCUGUACUGUGAAGAAAAGUAGCUGAGGAAAAGAUAGCUUG